CAAUCGAUGGAUGGAGAGAAAAGCGACGGCGUCAGAUCUUCGCAGCAGCAAGCUCACUACUGGCUGGCAAACAGGGAGUAACACCGACGCUCGUCAAAAAGCUCUCUGCAACUUGCCCAAAGCCGCAGGUGUGGACGCCCAGAAUCUCCAUCCUCCCGUCGCAUCCGAGUCCCUGAAGCUCAUCUCCCUGAUCUCUCUCUAUCUCUCGCCGUUCCACCGUCGCGUCUCCGGCCGCCAUUUCCUCGGCCGGACUCCUCGGAGAAUCCGCCGGAAGAAGAGUGUCCGUUCCGUUUAUAGCCGGAUUCGACGGAGAUGGAAUCGUCGGCGCUCCUGUUCAACCAGCUCAAGGCGGCGGAUCCAUUCUUUCUGUUAGCUGGACCGAAUGUGAUUGAAUCGGAGGAGCAUGUUUUGUACAUGGCGAAGCACAUAAAGAGCGUCGCUGCAAAAGUUGGCUUGCCGCUUGUAUUCAAGUCAAGCUUUGACAAAGCCAACCGAACGUCGUCGAAAUCGUUCCGUGGUCCUGGCAUGGCUGAAGGCCUCAAGAUCCUUGAGAAAGUUAAGGCAACUUAUGACAUUCCUAUUGUGACUGAUGUGCAUGAAACAAUUCAGUGUGAAGCAGUAGGAAGAGUUGCAGAUAUUAUUCAAAUUCCAGCAUUUUUAUGCCGUCAGACAGAUCUCCUGGUUGCAGCAGCUAGGACAGGGAAGAUUAUUAACAUUAAGAAAGGCCAAUUUUGUGCUUCCUCUGUCAUGGAAAACUCUGCUGAAAAGGUUAGACUGGCUGGGAAUCCACACGUCAUGGUUUGUGAAAGAGGAACUAUGUUUGGUUAUAAUGAUUUAAUUGUGGAUCCACGCAAUCUCGAGUGGAUGAGAGAGGCCAACUGUCCUGUUGUAGCUGAUGUCACACAUGCACUCCAACAACCUGCUGGGAGAAAGUUGGAAGGUGGAGGUGUUGCCAGCGGAGGUCUUCGGGAACUUAUACCAUGCAUUGCAAGGACAGCAGUUGCAGUUGGAGUGGAUGGGCUUUUUAUGGAGGUGCACAAUGAUCCUUUAAAUUCGCCAGUAGAUGGUCCAACUCAAUGGCCCUUACGCCAUCUUGAGGAGCUUCUGGAAGAGCUUGUGGCAAUAGCUAGGGCAAGCAAAGGGAAGCAACAGCUUAAAAUUGAUCUUACACCAUAUCACCUCUAGGAGGACCUUGAGGCUUCUCAGAGAGAAAUAGACUUGGGCUCUAUGUAGAUUUUCCUUAGUGGCUUAGAUACCUCGAAGUGAUCAAGCAAGUUCAGGUGAUCAGGCAGAAUGCCUGUAAUGGUGGCUGGAAUAAAUAAUAUCAUGCAACGUAAUGCUAUUCUUUCCUACUGUCUUCUGGCAUCAUCUCUGCCCGGUUAAUCACCAAUGUUUUGCAUCUCCGUGUUAUUCCUAGAUAUUAUUUUAUUGAUUGUAAUUGUUUUUUUGUUGAUGAGAGAAACCAAAGUUGCUUUGAGUAAGUAGAGUUUUGUUGCUGUAGCAUGGUCUUUCCAAGUGAACUUGUCCACAGUGCAAAAUUGACUGACGAAGUUGAAAAGGAAAUCUCCAGGUUGAGACACUGAUCUUUACCUGUGCGUGUUUUC